UCGUCGCUCGCUCGUAGUGGAAGUAGAAGUGCUUACUAGUAAUACGUAGUAGAGUUCUGUUUUCAUUCGUUCUUUACAAUGAAUUUUAUUGCGCAGGUUGUUGUUGUGUUUCCCUAGAAAUCCAACAAAUACAAUACAUACGAUUUUUUCUAUUAUUCUUUUAACUUACUGCUUUUUCCAUUACUUCAUAUAUUUGUGAGAAAAGAAGUUAGAAUUUUUCUUGAAAACUCAAAAGAAAAUCAAUGAUUAAAUAAAUAAAAUUAAAAGAAAAGUGGUUUAAUAAGAAUUUAAAAGAAAAUCUUAAAUAAAUUGGAAUAAAUUAACAUUUAAUUAAAAUGAAGAAAACAUUUUAAACUGAAAAUAUACAACCAGAGUUUGUUUUCAAACGGUUGCCAGUUAGAAAAAGAAAACAACCUGUAUUGUUCCUGAUACUUUUUAUUCAAACGCCAAAGAACGAACCUGUGAAAGAAAAAUGGAUAAAAUAAAAACAACUCACAAGUUGGAAGCACUAAAUACAAGCCCUCAGUUAACAAACAAAAUGAACAACAUGCUGGACAUGGCCAAUGCUUUGCAGCAAGAGGAGCAAGUGAAUAAUGUCAACUUUUUAUGGCAUAAUUUACCCAACGAAUUAUUAAUACAAAUUUUUAAAUAUUUGCCCCAUGGUGAUUUGCAACAAAUUCGUUUGGUUUGCAAACGAUGGCAUGAUUUGACACAACUGCCCGAAUUUAUGGGAAAAUCCAAAUUAAUCAUCAAUCGUGAUAACAUGGCCACCUUGCAAGACUCUUUGGCCAAUGAUGAGGAGUUAUCGCGAAGAUUGGCCUACGAUACUUUGGAAUUACAUGGCCUGGAAUUAAGUGAUGAUUUGCAAAUGAUAUUGAAAGCCCUGGGAGCAAAUAUACACAAACUGCGCCUAUACAAAUCGCCGGUAUUUGCCAUUUUAAAUGAGUGCCUGCCGGAUUUGGAGGAAUUGAUUGUUAGCCACAUACCCACCGUACAAAGUGAUAAUACAUUUUCGGUUAAUUUGAGUAAAUUUCGAAAUUUCAAAUCAUUGGACAUAGGCUGUAGCAAUGUGACCACCUACAUUAAGACCCACAUGAUAUUGAAUUUGACACGAGAGCUGUCCUUGAAAAUGGAAAAGCUUUGUUUGGAAUUGAACCGAGAGCAUGAGGAGCUGCUGAUAUACACCUUACAAUUUCAUAGCAAUUCCUUGAGGCAUUUGGAAAUUAUUUUAAGAUCGAAUCCUGUUAUGAUUUCGAAAUGGAAACAGGUUUUUGUGAUGUUUAAACACUUGGAAACCUUAAAGAUAACUGGAGUUUCCUGCUAUCAGUGGUUGAAGGAGAUUAUGGAAUGUUUGCCCAAGGAAUCACCUUUGCGUCAUUGUGACUUAAGCGGUGGUCUGCAAGUGGAUGAUGCUUUAUUAAAACUAAUCAUACACAAAUGGCCGGAGACUUUGGAAGAUAUGGAAUUAAUGUUUUGUAAUUCGUUAACAGAUGAGGGAGUGAAACAUUUUGGUAUAUUGCGUCAUACAUUGCGCUCCUUAAAUAUCUCGCAUUGCAAUAAAGUAUCGGCUAAAGGUUUGCUGCAGGGUUUGGCAGCAGAAACAAAUAAAACUCUUAAAACUUUGGUGCUAAAUGAUAUGGCCGAUAUGGAUGCAGAGUCUGUGAGACUGUUGGCUCAACGUUUACCCAGUUUAACAUAUUUAAGUUUGGAAAAUUGCCGGGAAUCUGUUACCGACUCCACUUUGGCAUACAUAUUCCGCCAUCAGUUGAAUCUACAGCAUUUAAUACUAGACGACUGCAUACGCAUUAGCGAUGAAGGUCUUUUGGGUUUCGGUGAGCAACCCUCACCCAUUAGCAACCUCAAGGGCCUGCUAUCUCUCAGCCUAAGAGGUUGUCGCAAUCUCUCCAAUCGUGCUCUUAUUAAAGGUUUAAAAUUCACCGAACUGCGUAAAUUAGUUUUAGGCUACUGUCACAAAAUCUCCUCCAUGGGCAUAGAGGAAUUGGUGGAAAACUGUCCCGCCCUAGAGGACUUGACUAUAUCCAGUUGCUUAAUGAUUGAUGACGAUGCCAUGCUGCAUAUAGCCCAGGGUCUACCACGACUAAGACGUCUUAAUGUUAGCAAUUGCAUUAAUUUAACCGGCAAAUCCAUAGACUAUGUAGUCGAACUGUGUAAGUCUCUGAAAGAAUUGUCCAUGUGUGGCAUUGAUUCGCUGGAGAUUCAAGAGGUCCAAGAAAAGUUCUUACAACUGAAGCCUCAAAUUUUAGAAUUGAAUUUAUAGUUACAAGUUCAAUAUAACAUACGUAUACAAUAUAGAGGUAUAAAUCCUCAACCCAAACCGAGAGACUUUUUAUAAGUGUGAAUUAGUUAGGUUCUCGUCGUUCUUAUUGUUUUUGUGUAUUUUUUUUUUUUACAGAACUGUGUUUUAAUUUUUAAAAAAUUAUAUUUUUAUUAAAAAUAUUGUAAAUUGUUUUAUUAGAUUUACUUUAUAGUGUAUGGAACUACAAAUUGUUUUAUUAUUAUUUUAAGGUUGUAAAUAGUAUAUUUAAGUUAGUUUUGUUUAAAGUUUAUCUUGGGUUUUAAUUGAAAAUUGAGUCUGCUUUUACACAGGGCAAGUUUACUUGAAGCAAGUCUCUUCGAUUCUUUUUAAACUUUCUCGUCUCUUUACACACAGCAAGUCUGUGUUCAAUUUUGUAUGUCAAAAUCUAAUAGACGCCAUAAUGAAAAUGAGAAAACUAAAGAGAAUUGAAGAGACUUGCCAGUACAAGCAAGUGUGUACCCCUCUUCUUUCUUCUUGCCUCUCUCUCCUAUAAACUCAGACUUGCGGCAAGAAAACUUGCCCUGUGUAAGAGCAGACUAAAUUUAAAAAUUUAUUAUGAAUAUUUGAAUAAGCAUUUACCAUUUUUGAUUUUAAUUCGUUAUGAAUUAGCUAAAUUUUUAAUUAAUUCUGUUCACAAUUCAAUGAAUUUCAAUUCAAAUGAAUCUGUAAAAUGAAUUGCAAUUCGUUUCCAAUUCAAAUGAAUUUGUUAAAGUGAAUUGAAUUUUGAAUUCAUACAAAUGAAUUAGAACAAUGAAUUGCAAUUUAAAUGAAUGAAAUCAAAAAUUAGUUGCAAUCAAUCAAAUUUUAGAGGAAUGAAAAAUAAAAAUUUUAGUUUCUUUUAGCAAAUAAACAAAAUUUUCCCAUUUUUAUAAUUCAAUUCCUAUUCUGCCGCUACCAGACAAUUCCAGUAUAUCAUGGGAAUUUCAAUUCUAAGAAUUUUUUACUUUUGGACUUUACUAGCUGGUAAAGAAAUAUAGAGAGUAAUGAUUGAUGCCUUUUACAUACAAAAUUUGUUGAAUAACAAAACUACAGUGAUGCUUACUGUAGAUUUACUUACA